CGACUUCUUCAGCUACAAGCGCAUCUUAUGCAAGUGGUCAUCGAUGAUCGUGGAAGGACACUAUUUGGUCGACGAAGAAGAUUCGAUAUGACGCCGCGGAGGUCACAACAUGUGUCGGUUAUUCUCUGUGGUGGGAGGAUAUGAAAGCGGUGCGCAAGUUGUUGGAUCCCAUCAUGGACAUGUUGCAGAUGGUGGACAACGACACGAGGCAGAUUGGAAAGAUUUUGCGUCGGUAUGACGAGAUGAUCGUACGCUGUUUCUCUGCAUGUGCUGCUUUUGACACGGAGCAGGAUGCAGUAGUUGAGGUCUUUGACAGACGCCGAACCAUGUUCAAGUCACCGACUCAUGUGGCUGCCAUGAUGUUGGAUCCAAAGUUUCGAGAUCGCACGCUGCCAGACGACGACGAUAUGCACCAGGGUUGGAAAGCUGCUCUGAUUCAGUUCGGGUACCCAGAGAGCUCAGACCAGCACAAGGAGGUCCUCACUGCCAUCGACAAGUUUCAUGUCACGGAGCCACCAUUCCACGACGUGGUCAUGGACCGAGCAGCGCGGAGCUAUAACCAUCCAACCAGUUUUUGGGAGUCGAAGGAGAAGAGGUUCCCUCAUACGGUCUUCUUCGCCGGCAGGAUACUACGUGUCUGGGCGACGACAUCACCUUGCGAGAGUGCUUGGUCCUGUAGGAGCUUCAUCCACUCCAAAUCUCGUAACAGGUCGCAUCCGUACGGGAGCUGGGUGCACUACUGGCAACAGCUGGAGAACGAGUUGCCCACCGACCAACAGCCUGUCUCAGGCCGAGGAGCCCAUACGACGGUGAUGCAGGAGGAGUUGAUGCAUGCGAGAGAGAGGAUGCACGUCGUGUCCCACAUGGGACCCACGCGUCGAUUGCGGGUGUCUCACAGGAGGAGGUGUUGUAGCGGCGGUCAUGGGGGUGGCCGUCAUGAAAGUCGUGGACAAGGCGGGUGUGGAGGUGCUGGCGGGAGGAGGUCUAUCGGGAGUCGUCGACUGCCGGAGGACGGGCUUGUACGCAAGCCUCGACAGCGUUGGGACGAGGGAAACCUUUUGUAUGAGAGCUCGUCCAGUGACGAUGAGGAUUUCUUUGGAACUGGUGGGCUUGCAUCGGACGCCGACAACGAUCUUGAAGACCGCCACCCGAACAAAGACGACGACGAUGGCGCCAGAGGCGAUGAUCGUGGUGAUGGAGGAGAUCGGUCACGGCCCCGCUCGACACAUGGAGAUGGUGACAGAGGGGCUGACGAGGCAGCGGGAGAUUAUCGUGAUGAGAGUGACAAUGGGGCAGGGACCGGUGUAGGGGGAUCGAGACAUGAAGAUGGUGACAGAGUGGACGACAAUGACGGGGCAGGGGGCGACGGUCAUGGUGACGGUGACAAUCAUGCAGGGACAGGCGCGGUGGGCUUGACACACUUGUCUACUUUGAUAUCUCCUGGUUUACCGCACGUGUCACCUCCUUGCCCACAUCAGGUUUUCGGCAUAGAGCGAGGACCUGUCUACUUUGAUGAGUUUCGAGGCGAUACGAUAACCCUACCAACGACGUCUGCCAUGCCCACUGUUUUUCGUGUGGGCAGACCGCACGAGGUCGAACUUGGUUUGGUCGAGACGACGAUGCGACACUGCCACGAUGCUCACCGCAGCAUUGCACAACCUAGUUUGUCUGAUUCUUUUGAUGGAGCGCAUUCAUUGGGUGGCGCGGAGGAUGGUGGCUUUGCUGCAUGCCAUGCAGUCGACGGAGUAGUAGGACCUCCAUGUCCGCCGUCACAUUCAGAGCCUCAGCCCAUCGGCGCGGCCGCCGGCGCAGUUGCGGGCGUCCCCGCCACGGACACCACGAACGUGACACAACAGCCUGUGGCGGGGUCAUCCGCGAUAGCACCACGCGACAGAGCUACUAUUUUGCCGAAUGUGGCAUUCUAUACCAGCGGGACCACUGGCAGGGGGGUGGAGGAGCAGGGAGUCGGGAUUGUUUGCAGGUCAGCAGCACCGUUUAUGGGGAUACGAUCCACUGGGACUGUCGAUGGUGCUCGCCACACCACCAUGAUAGAGUACGAGGCCCGGCAUGGGAGCACUUUGCUGACGACGACACCGGAUGUCCAAGCGACGAGGGCCGUGAAGGCGAGUCUUUCUCGGACGAGGAAGAAGGCCGCGGCCAGGAAGGCAUCACAUUUGUCACCGCAUAUGCGUUCCCAUCUGAGGCGACCCGGCCCUGCCGAUCUCGAGGACGGGGAGAUUGCACCCGAGAGCGAUGCAUUGGAUGUUGGAGGGAGGACUGCAGCGAUGGCGGAGCUCGUCGGCAGGGAGGGUGCAGGGGGUACAAUGCCAGGUGAGAAGAGACGUGACAGUGUACUUAUCGUCCACGACGACAACACAGAUGUCGCCCCUGGAGAGACCAGAGGCACUGAUGAUGCGGGGGACUCCGAUUACGUACCUAAAGUACAGGCAGCAGACGGAGAUGGUGGAGGAGGGCGACGGGUCAGACGGAGGACACGACUCGGGCCACAUGGGCAGGGGCCGCAGGGCACACCGUCGAUGACGAUUCCUGCACUCAUUGAUCGGCGAGCUCGGAUGCAGCAGUUGCUGCGCAAAAUGGAGGUCACUCUUCAAGAGACACAUGGUUCAUCAUUCGGACGAGGAAAGUGAGACUCAGAGAGAGAGAGAGAGAGAGAGAGAGAGAGAGAGAGAGAGAGAGAGAGAGAGAGAGAGAGAGAGACUGUUGGUUUUAGGCUGGCCACACGGUUUGAUGUUGUACAAUGACUUGCUGAUUUUUACAGUCGAGACCUAACUGCGAG